AUGAUCAGUCUGCGUGAGAAGCAGAUCGGCGAGGCUGGAGCGCAUGCGAUUGCUGAGGCGCUCAAAGUCAACAAGACGCUGACUGUGCUCGAUCUUGGCAAUAGACAGAUUGGCGUUGCUGCAGUGAAGGCGCUUGCUGAAGCCCUCAAUGUGAGCACGACGCUGACUACGCUCGACCUGGGUCACACGGAGAUUGACCAUGUCGACAUCCAGGCGAUUGCUGGGGCACUCAAAGUGAACACGACGCUGACUUGGCUCAAUCUGGGUGAGAAUCGGAUUGGCGAUGUUGGAGCGGAAGCGAUUGCUGAGGCACUCAAGGUGAACAAGACAGUGACCAAGCUCGAUCUUCAACAGAAUCAGAUUGAAGAUGAAGGAGCGCAAGCGAUCGCAGAAGCGCUCAAGGUGAACACGACGCUGACUGAACUCAAUUUGAGCCAAGAUGAGAUUGGCGGUGUUGGAGGGCAGGCAAUUGCUGAUGCACUCAAAGUCAACAAGACAUUGACCAAGCUCGAUUUGUUUGAGAAUCCAAUUGGCGAUGCUGGAGCGCAGGCGAUUGGUGAGGCGCUCAAGGUGAACACGACGCUGCCUUCCCUCCAUUUGUACAACAAUCAGAUUGGCGAUGAUGGAGCGAAGGGGAUUGCUGAGGGGCUCAAGGUGAACAAGACGCUGACAUUCCUUUACUUAAAAGAUAACUUCCUGACCAACGCUGGACGCAGAGCACUUCGGCGAUCGGGCAACACCACUUGUAGAUUAGAAGGUCUUGCCGACCAGCGUGAUCCACCGCCUGCCCCAUUGGUGCAGAUUGCAGCAAACGCUCAGUCUCAGCCUGCUGUCAACCUUACAUCCGAGCUUCAGCAAUUGCGGUCCGAUCUCGCUGCCAAAGAUCAGGCGCUUGCUGCCAAGGAUCAGGAGCUGCAACAGCUUCGCUCUGAUCUGAAAUCGGCUCUUGAUCAGAUCGACGUACUCGAGCGCGGCCAACCCGCUGUUGGGUCUUUGUCGCACUUUGACGGCCCCAUCCCGCGAGUUUCCCUCGCCACUCUUGCCAACGUCACGAAAAAUUUCGCUGCAGAUGCCAUGCUCGGCGAAGGAGCAUUUGGUCGUGUGUACGGCGCCAGUCUGCCUGGCCCUCGCGUUGCCAUCAAAAAGCUGUCUGCCGAAUCAAAGCAAGGCAGAGCCGAGUUCAAGUCGGAACUGGCCUCGUUGUCAAAGUUCCGCCACACAAACAUCAUUGCCAUUCUGUCCUAUGCCGAAGAAGGCGACGAGCGAUGCCUUGUUUACGAGUACAUGGCGAACGGUUCGGUUCGCGAUCGCCUGAACUGCAAGAACAACACGUUGCCGUUAACCUGGUCCCAGCGCCAGCGCAUUGCCGCCGAUGUCUCGCGCGGCAUGCACUAUGUCCAGACAGCAUUCCCUGAUCAUGCCCUGUUCCACCUCGACCUCAAGACGGACAAUGUCUUGUUGGACGCGCAUUUCAACGCAAAAGUGUCUGAUUUUGGCCUUGUCCGUGCUGCUGAGCAUCUCGAUGACAAGAGCUACCUUCGCACGCAGACUGUUCAAGGCACCGUUGCCUACAUGUGUCCCGAGUUCCUCGUUGAGGGCAGAAUGACCACGAAGACGGACGUGUUCGCAUAUGGCAUGAUUCUGCUCGAGCUGUUGACCGCCGCCAAGCCUGGGCCCAGAUUGAAAAACGAGGCGCGAAAGGCUGUGAAAAACCAAAAGUUGAACGAGGUGCUGGACUCGCGCCUCGAUCCAACCGAAUCAGAGCGCCAGAGCGUCAGCGAGCUCGUCUCUCUUGCGCUCGAAUGUCUUGACGAGGAAUCCGACGAUCGCCCAUCCUUUGGCGCCAUUGUUGUCACGUUGGAUCUUUGAUAUUGCAGUAGCCUAUUGCAUGAGAAUUCGAUGUUUACCCCCUCAUUCUUUGCCAUGUUCUCUCCACUUCUUUCCGCAGACGUUUUGUCUGCUCGUUCGUUUUGAUGUUUCGGCACUAGGUCGAAACAGCUGUUUUUUUUUUGUUAGUUCGUGAUUCGUGCUCGCCAUGCAGUCGAUCUUUCUUUGUGCUUGUCGGUUGUCAUAAUUUGUGUUGCCUCCUCAAAAAACUUUAGUGUGUA